UGUUGUCCUUGCUACCAUGUAAAUUUUAAUGCGCUUGUUGUAAUGAACAGUUGUAAUUGCGGACUGCAUCCGGAUCCUUUUGUUGUGUUAUUCAACUAUGCCACGCAAGGCAUUAUGGGGAGUCAAUAACAAACAAUCUUUAAUGGCAACAUGGCGGUCUCGUGACUCUUUGGGCGUGCACGGUUGGCUGUCCGGAACAUCCGGAACAAUUGGAACUGCAACCGAGUAAGACAGAACAGGAUCGGAACACUGUUCUGGACAUGUGCAGCCUGUCCCGCCAGAAGAGGUGGUGUGAGUGGAACAAUGACGUAAGCAAGAUGGCGACAGCAUGGUGAGUGAACUACGAUCGUCGAUGUAAAAAACGCCGUAAUGGUGCAGGUUAACGUCUGAUAAGUGUUCUUGGAGUAUUAUUAUUUUUGUGUGCGUACAGUCGAUCACUUGUGCAAAUUUGCGUCAAACGAUAUCAUUUUAAAACCCGUGCCAACUGCCAAACCCUGUGAUCAUGUGCUUCUCAAAAGCAUUUGCAUUAGGCCUAGCUAGGCUAUAAAUUUUGCAAUAAUAUUCCUGUCUAAUCUAAUGUUUGUUUGUCAUUUUGUAGAGUUCAACUCAAGAUUCCCUUAUAGCCAAGUGGACUCGCUUUAUGUGUAAACAACACCCGACAAUCUACUCCUUAGAAGCAUUUGAGGAACAGGAAGAAAGUAAAAAAUAUAUUCCGUUGUUUGUUGACGGAAAUUAUAGGAUAUUCCUUCGGUGCACCCUAUGUAAUAAAACAUUCCAUGCACACUGUGCCAUCUACGACACACUAGAAUUGCUGCAGAGAGAAACAGCUGAUUUAGAAAUUUUAUGCAAUCCCUGUGCAAAUGGAUAUGGCCAGCAAUAAAAGACAGUGAAGCCCUUGGAUCCCUUGUUAAGGAGCUUCUUCAGAUGUCUACUACAUUUGAUGGUGCAGCCAAUUCUAUCUCAAGCCCUUCAUCAAGGUCAACCAAUGUCAUCAGCCCAAGCUCAUCUUCUGUCAUCAGACCAAGCCCAAGCUCAUCUUCUGUCAUCAGACCAAGCCAAAGCUCAUCUUCUGCUGUCAGACCAAGCCCAAGCUCAUCUUCUGCCGGCAGAGCAAGCCCAAGUCCAAGCCCAUCUUCUGUCAUCAGACCAAGCCAAAGCUCAUAUUCUGCUGUCAGACCAAGCCCAAGCUCAUCUUCUGCCGACAGAGCAAGCUCAAGCCCAUCUUCUGUCGUCAGACCAAGCCCAAGCCCAUCUACUAGCACCUCUUCAACAGAUACAGAGGGUUCGGGAUGCGGUGCAUGGAACAGAAGUGCAACAUUACUUCUCCUAGAAGAUUAUAGGAUAAUCUCGAAGAAAGUUGAAGCUGGUCAAAAAACAAAGAAAUCCAUGUGGAAUGAAAUCUCAGCAAAUCUUAAGAAAAGGGGUUACAGCUAUACACCAGACCAAGUUAGUGGAAGAUUUAAGACUUUGGUAAGGGGUUAUAAAAACUUCAAAGAUCAUCAGAAGAAAAGUGGGAAUGGAACAAAAGCUUUUGAAUAUAAAGAAGAAAUGGAAGAAUUAUUGGGGCAAGAUCCUGCAGUUGUACCAGUAAUAACACUGUCCAGCACAGCACAGAAUGCUACAGAUAUUGAUGAUAGUCUAGACUCCAGUAGAGACGGAGAUGAAACUGAAGAUACCACUAGUGCAGCAAGUAAUGCAACAGUCUCUGAAUCUUCCAAGAGAAAGAAGCCAAAUACAAAUGAUCCUGUCGAUGCAAACAAGAAAAGAAGAUGUUCCUCGAGAGCUGAUGUUAUCCAGUCUUUAAAUGAUUUGAUGAAAAAUCAAGAGUCAGAAAAUGAAAAGAAAGAAGCUCGACAUAGAGAAAAACUUGAUGUCUUGAAAGAGUUGGUGGGAGCUUUAAGCAAGAAAUGAUUUAUGUUUUUUACUUUAAUACCGUUAUUGGGGAAAAUGGACAGACAUCAAGUUUAAGGAGAGAUCUGGUAUCUUUUUUGUUGUUGUUGUUUAUAUUUGAUUUUUUAUUGGCCUCUAAAAGGUUGUAGAGAUUGAGAUUUGAUUGAAUCGUUAGUUUACAUGUUUUUAGUUCACCUGGUCCCUUGAGCAAAGUGAUCUUUUCUUGUGGUGCAUCAUCUGCCUGUCAUCAAUAUUUAUCUUUAAAAAGACAUUUUGGACAACAAAGUUUGCAAACAGAUGGCCUUGACCUAUAUUACAGGUCAUGUGAAAGGGAGGAGGGUGGCAAUUUUUAAUUUGUGAAAGCUGCUUGCUAUUGUAGGCAUGGUAACAUAAUCUGAAUGGUCCAUAAAUUGUAUUAUAUAAUAGUAAUAAGUUCAAUUUCUUGACAUUUUCCCUUGUACCGGUAUAAUGUUUUUCACCUUGUAACCAUACAGUGCAUUUUCGAAGAACAAUGUUAUAUACCUCAACCUCAAAUUCACUUUGUUAUCAGAGAGUGAAUGUUUGAUUGCAAGUUUAACCAUGACCAUUUGUUUUAUGCUAAUUUUUUUCAACUGCAUUUGGAUAUGUGUUGAUGUUGAUAUUGUAAAGGUUUUAAAGAAAAUAUGUAUUCUAUUGGCACCCAUCUAUAUUGAAUAUAGAAAAGCUGUUAAUAUAUCUAAUCUUGUAUAUGUUCAUAUGCAUAUCAAAAUCAGUGGCUUUCAUCUAAAAGCUACUUAAAAUGUAUUAGGGGGAAAAUGGAGCAAGAAGGCACUUUUUGUCAUCCCCAUCAUUUAUGAGUGUGAUUAUUUGGUCAGUUGCUCGCUGAAAGUAUUUGUGAUAUUUGUUGUAAUUAUGCCAAUGAACAAAUAGUUUACCUUAUGAC